AUGAUGAUGAAUUCAUCGAACGGUAAUAUGAACCCGUCUUCUUCUUCAUCGGGUCCUACACAGUCGCAAGGUCUCAAAACCUAUUUCAAAACCCCUGAGGGAAGAUAUAAACUUCAAUUCGAGAAAUCUCACCCUGCCGGUCUUCUUCAAUUCAAUCAUGGCAAAACCGUUUCUCUGGUAACAUUGGCACAUCUUAAGGAGAAGCCAGCGCCUUCAACUCCAACUGCCUCGUCUUCGAGUUUCAGUGCCAGCAGUGGGGUACGGUCAGCCGCAGCUAGACUGUUAGGAGGAAGUAAUGGAAGCCGGGCGCUUAGUUUUGUUGGUGGAAACGGUAGUAGCAAAAGCAAUGGAGUGACCGGUAGGAUUGGUUCGAUUGGGACCUCGAGUUCGAGUAGUUCUGUGGCUAAUCCAAAUUUUGAUGGGAAAGGGUCUUACUUGGUUUUCAAUGCCGGGGAUGCAAUUUUGAUAAGUGAUUUGAAUUCUCAAGACAAGGACCCCAUAAAGUCUAUCCACUUCAGUAAUUCGAAUCCCGUGUGCCACGCAUUUGAUCAGGAUGCUAAGGACGGGCAUGAUUUGCUCAUAGGCUUGUUCUCUGGCGAUGUCUACUCAGUGUCACUGAGACAGCAAUUGCAGGAUGUUGGCAAGAAGAUUGUUGGGGCCCACCAUUACAACAAAGAUGGUAUUCUCAAUAGCAGUCGUUGUACGUGUAUUUCUUGGGUGCCCGGAGGUGAUGGUGCUUUUGUUGUUGCUCAUGCUGAUGGGAACUUGUACGUAUAUGAAAAGAAUAAAGAUGGUGCCGGUGAUACUUCAUUCCCAAUCCUCAAAGAUCCAACUCAGUUUUCUGUUUCUCAUGCACGGUACAGUAAGAGUAAUCCUGUUGCGAGAUGGCAUAUAUGCCAGGGUUCAAUUAACAGUAUUUCUUUCUCAGCGGAUGGGGCAUACUUGGCAACUGUUGGACGAGAUGGUUACUUGCGAGUGUUUGAUUAUGCAAAAGAACACCUUAUAUCCGGCGGGAAAAGUUAUUAUGGUGGUUUAUUAUGUUGUGCUUGGAGCAUGGAUGGAAAGUAUAUUUUAACGGGAGGAGAAGACGAUUUAGUUCAAGUUUGGAGCAUGGAAGAUCGCAAAGUUGUUGCAUGGGGUGAGGGACAUAGCUCGUGGGUAAGUGGAGUGGCUUUUGAUUCAUAUUGGACAUCACCAAAUUCAAAUGACAAUGGAGAAACAAUUAUGUAUCGAUUUGGUUCAGUUGGUCAGGAUACACAAUUGCUUCUAUGGGACCUGGAAAUGGACGAGAUUGUAGUGCCCUUGAGGCGUCCCCCUGGUGGAUCCCCAACUUUUGGAUCCCCGACUUUUAGUGCUGGAAGUCAGUCAUCCCAUUGGGAUAAUGCAGUCCCAUUGGGUACCUUGCAACCUGCUCCAAGUAUGCGGGAUGUUCCAAAAAUCUCUCCGCUAGUUGCCCACCGUGUGCAUACCGAGCCACUUUCUAGCUUGGUAUUUACCCAGGAAUCUGUACUUACAGCCUGCCGGGAGGGACACAUCAAAAUCUGGACAAGACCUGGCAUAGCCGAGAGCCAGCCAAGCAACACCGAAACUCUGUUAGCUACCAGUCUCAAGGAGAAGCCUUCACUUUCUAGCAAGAUCAGCAGUUCUAGCUACAAACAAUAA